CGGCAUUGUCGGCAAUCAGACUCUGGCAAGCAAGAUUGGGCAUUGGGCAAGGUGGCAAGGUGGCAAGGAUAUUCGGAGAGACGGAUAGACGAAAGCGAGAGCGGCAAUCCACAGUUUCUGACUGACUGACUUCUGUGCGCGAUACACAGAAACACAGAUACCCUCGUCGUGGAAAGAGAGGAAGGAAAAAAAGGUCGAGAUCGUCCAAGCUGACGGGCUGCUCGCGUAGAAGCGACUCGUUGACGGCAGGUUCAUCCGAGCGCUACGAUGGUGGACUACAGCAAAUGGAAGAGUAUCGAAAUUUCAGAUGAUGAAGAUGAUACUCAUCCAAACAUUGAUACGCCAUCCUUAUUCAGAUGGCGUCAUCAAGCGCGAGUGGAGAGAAUGGAAGAACGCAAGAAAGAGCACGAAGAACACAUGAGGAAGAAGGCAGAAACACUGCAAAAACUCAAGGAUACAAAGGAAAAAUUAGCCAAAUUAGAAAAUGAAAAGACCGAUUCGGCUGAUUUAACUGCGUUGAAAAAAGUUCUUCAAGAUCUCGAAGAGGAGGAGAAAAAAAUUCAAGAGAAGGAAAAGGAAAUGGAAAAGAAGGAAAAAUUGACACCGUGGAACAUAGAUACUAUUGGGCAAGAUGGUUUUACAAAAACUGUGAUAAAUACGAAGCCUGCGAGGAGGAACGAUGAUUCGAGUUUGUCCGACGAGGAAAAGGAGAAACGAAUGAAGCAAUUCGUUAAGGAACACGAGACAAAAUUGAAGGAGUUUGGCAUGCUAAGAAAAUACGAUGACAGCAAGAAAUUCUUACAGGACCAUCUGUAUUUAGUUUGCGAGAAUACGGCAAACUAUUUGGUCAUCUGGUGCAUCAACUUGGAAAUGGAAGAGAAACAUAAUUUAAUGGAACACGUUGCGCAUCAAUGCAUAUGUAUGCAAUAUAUACUGGAACUAUCUAAGCAAUUGGACGUUGACCCGCGAGCGUGCGUUGGCUCCUUUUUCAGUCGCAUUCAAAUUGCCGAGGUAGAGUACAAGAAAUCCUUUGAUGACGAACUUAAAGCGUUUAAGGACAGAAUACGCAAAAGAGCAGCAGAGAAGGUAGCUGAGGCGGUUAGAGAGGCCGAGGAGGAGGAAAGAAAAGCUCGUUUGGGACCAGGUGGACUCGAUCCGAUCGAGGUGUUUGAAACUCUUCCAGAGGCUUUACAAAAAUGUUUCGAGACGCAAGAUAUUCCUUUGUUGCAACAAACAAUAGCCGCAAUGCCAGAGGAAGAGGCGACAUAUCACAUGAAACGGUGCGUCGACAGCGGUUUGUGGGUUCCCGACGCGAAAAACAAGGAGAAGGAGAAAGAAAAGAAGGAGGAAGAGGAACAGCAGAGCGCCGCGGGAAAUACGCCAGAUCCGGAAUAACGCAUUUAAGUCGCAUCUUACUAUGGAUACUCAAUGAAAAUCAGUAUCUCAUUUACAUCAUUUAUUCUUUUACGUAAUUUACGUAAUUUGAAACGGGUACAUUAACAAUAAAAUUGUCAUCUCUGCGAACUCUGGCAAUGUGCUAUUAUUAUUUUUAUCAGCUUUUCCUUUCGUCAUCACGAUAUUCAUCGUCGCGUUGGCACGCUAUUAACUCGAGCUGAAUUAGAUCAUAAGACUGAGUUGUCGUUUCAUAAAUAGAAAACUUGGCAUAUGCGUGAAAUAUGUAACUAUUAUCAAGGAGCACAAGUACAAGUAGUGUCGAAGUGCUAUAUGAUUUUCUUGUGACUUUUAUGUAUGAUUGUGUUACUAUUGAAAUUAUCUUUCUAUGUAAUGUACAUAUAUAAUGUUAAUUACAAUCCAUAAUUAUUUCAAUAUUUUACGUCCCUCCCAUAACGCUAGUAUUGUACAUUAAUCGGGAACAAUAUCGUUAUGUAAAUAAAACCACGUAUAUAUCCAAA